UUGUUGGGUGGUGCACGGACGGAGGUACACUUCCGGUUCACUUCCGGCUCAGGCGUUCUUCUCGGAAGUCAAGAAAGAUUUUCGGGGAUUUGUUUUUUUUUUUUCACUCUCAAUGUUUCCAAUCGGUUCCGUUUCAAAACAUUGAUCAAGCUGCUGUUUUGAAUCGUCGACAGAAGGACGACCACAACAUGGCGAGCACCAUCAGCACGCAGCGGGGAGAAGUGUACGUGGGCGAGCUCCCCGCGGACUUCCUGCGCAUCACGCCGACCCACCGGCAUCAUCAAGUCCAAUCGGACGCACAGGCGGCGCGCCAGCUGCAGUACGGCGGCGCCAUCGGAACCGUGGGCCGUCUCAGCAUCACCGUGGUGCAGGCCAAGCUGGCCAAGAACUACGGCAUGACCCGGAUGGACCCGUACGUGCGCGUGCGUUUGGGCUACGCUGUCUACGAGACUCCCACGGCGCACAACGGCGCCAAGAACCCGCGAUGGAAUAAAGUCAUCCAGUGCACGCUGCCGCCCGCUGUGGACUCCUUCUACCUGGAGAUCUUUGACGAGCGGGCGUUCUCCAUGGACGACCGUAUAGCGUGGACGCACGUCCGAAUCCCGGAGGCCGUGCGGGAGGGCGGCACGACCGACGAGUGGUUCACGCUGAGCGGCCGGCAGGGCGACGACAAGGAAGGCAUGAUCAACCUGGUCAUGUCCUUCUCGUCCUUCCCGGCGGCGGCGGCCGUGACUCAACCGGUGGUCCUGAUGCCCUCCGUGUACCAGCAGGGCGUCGGCUACGUGCCCAUCGCAGGCGUUCCGCCCAUUUACAAUCAGGGCGGGGCGGUCCCGGUUCCGGCGCCGGCUCCGGCCCCGUGCACGGAGGACGAUCUGAAGGCCCUCCAGGACAUGUUCCCCAACCUGGACCCGGAAGUGGUGCGCACGGUACUGGAGGCGCAGCAGGGAGACAAAGACGCCGCCAUCAACUCGCUGCUGCAGAUGGCCGAGGAACUCUGAGCGUCACGUGACCCUAACCGCCGAUCAUACUAGCUUUCGCUCUACCAAAUGUUUUCUCCGCAUGAAACGACAACCGCGCCUCGACAUCGAGUAUCGUACGCGAAAUGACGUCCUUCACCGCCGUCGGUCGCUAUUAAAAUAACCGGUGCCGUUGACGUCCCAUUUGUCCUUCAUCCUACCGCUGUGAAUUGAAAAGAGUUCAUAAAUGAUGUGCAUCAUUUGUUUCUCGGUAAAUGCCGAAAGCCAUUUGGGGGAGAAAAAAAGACAAUAUUUAUUGUUUUUUUUUUUUUUUUU